AUGGUGUUCAUCUUGCCAGAAAAAUUCAGGGCGGUAGAAGGACAAGAAAACACUCUAGAGGGAGACGUGUUCUCCCAGGAAAGUUUUGAGUGCAGGUUGGCAGAAGUAGACGAGGCGCCAGAACAGCAAACACCUGCUGCCAAAACAGGUGGAGCUGCCAUGAAACUGGCUGCAGAACAGCUUUGCUUCCCCAAACCAACCAAGGAAAUGGCUAAUCAACUCAGACCUCUGUUCAUAACAGCAAACUUUGGGGGUAUUCCUAUUCCCAAGGUAAUGGUAGAUGGAGGUGCAGUCAUUAAUCUUCUGCCUCACAGAUUGUUAAGCAAGAUGGGCAGAACAGAGAAGGAUCUAAUUCCAACGCAUUCGACUAUCACCAACUUUGCUGGGGGCAUCACUAAGGCUUAUGGAAUCCUGGAUGUGGACGUCAUAGUUGGAACCAAAGAGCUGAAGGUUGCAUUCUUUGUGGUAGACACCACUUCUACCACUUACAAUGCAUUGCUCAACAGGGACUGGAUUCACCAAAGCUUAUGUGUUCCUUCCACUCUGCAUCAGCAACUAGCCCUUUGGAAUGAAGAAGGUUACAUGGAGAUAGUAGAGGCCAAUCCACGGCCAUUUCUGCCCUCUGCCAUGUGUUUUGAGGCAAGAGAUUGUUUUGCUUGGCAUUAUCAUGAGAUGCCUGGAUUAGACAGAAAGUUGGUAGAACACAAGCUGCCAAUCAAAGAAGGCUACCUUCUAGUCAAACAGGCCAGAAGAAGAAUGUCUAUGGAGACAGAACUAAAAGUCAAGGAAGAAAUAGAAAGGUUGCUCAAGGCAGGAUUCAUCAAACUAGCCAUUUAUGCUGAUUGGCUAGCCAAUAUUGUGCCAGUUCUGAAGAGAAAAACAGGGGCAGUUAGGAUCUGUGUGGAUUACAGGAAUCUAAAUGAAGUAUCCCCCAUGGAUGAAUAUGCUAGUAGAUGGAGCUACUCAUAA